GUGACUCUGUCUUCCGAAGAGUACAUCGGUAUUCGGAGACGAGUAGGCGUCCUUUUUGAUAUGUUCGACGAUGCGGUGAUUGUUGAGAUAUCUCGGAACCUGGAGACUUACACGUUCAGGGUCUGGGACAGAACUUAAACUACGCCCUAAAUCUCCGAGAGUUCAAAUAUUUCUGGAAAGGAAGGUCGGUACUUUGCUGAAUAGCCUGUCAUCCCUGGGUGUUCAGCAAUGAUGGAGGGCCAGCGACACCAAUAUAUUCCGGCCGCCUCGCUACCAGUGGGCUUACCACCUCCUCCCCCUCGACACCCUCCGACGCAACCUCAAAGUAUGGUCCCUCCUCCGCCUCCGGGGCCGCCUCCUGGAACGGGAUAUGGGUUCUCAUCACAGCAGAGCUGGGACAGACACCCAUUGUCUCAGGGCCUUCCCCCACCGCCGCCUCUACCUCCUUCCUUGGCUGCGGCGAAUCAAAACCAACAUUUGACGUAUAAUCGUCAAUCAACCCCUCUAUCUGUACCCUUAAUACCCCCCUCGAGUGAGAGUCAUCCUUUGACUGCUGCAACCUAUAUCCCUGGACCCGAUACUUUUGGGGUUGGUAUCCCUCCAUUGGAUUCCCACCGGCAUUCCACGUACGAUAACGCCAAUCAGUCAUACGUGCAGAGUAAUGCAAACCAGUCUACACACAGAAAAGAAGCGGCGAUUCCACCUCAGUCAGCUCGCUACGUCUCUGCGCCCCUCAUCCUGCACGAUGACGUUCAUGAACUGGUCUCGUCUAGCCUACCAACGACAAUUCCACAAAACGCCCAGACUCAUGCUGCGGGCCGAGGUCCUGAUUCGUCUGAGCUAUAUCCUCACAAUUCUACGCUGGGUGGUGUGUCGCCAAAUGAGGCGGCUGCUAUAUGGCCACUUGAUCGGGUAUUGUUAUGGCUUGCUCAGAACGGAUUUUCAAAUGACUGGCAGGAGACAUUCAAGUCUUUGGAGCUUCAGGGAGCAGAUUUCUUGGAACUGGGUCAUGGCUCAAACGGUAGACCGAACUACGGCAAAUUACAUAAAGUUGUAUACCCUCAACUGGCCAAAGAGUGUGAGAAGAGUGGAACAGGGUGGGACCAAGCUCGUGAGCGAGAGGAAGGAAAGCGCUUGCGUAGGCUGAUCCGUCGGAUUCAUGAUGAUGGCAAUCUAGAUUCUGGAAUUCCCAUUCCAAGACGACAAGAACAUCAACAACCACAAUCCGCAAGCGUACCCUCUGAUGCUGGGUCUGAGAUAUCCCCAAUCCAUGUUCAUGAGCCGGUCUCUGCUCAUCCGGGUUUUGGAACUGCUGAGAACAGUCCCGGACAAACCUCCGGUCUCCAGGCAUUACAUGCCGGUUAUCAGCGACAGAGUGCCGGGCAAAUGCGUUCUGUAACUUUGCCUAUUUCGACUAGUCGCGAGUCAUCAGCACUUGAGCCCAAAGUUUCAGAAGCAACCCCAUGGACCCGACUAGGCGCCACACGAACGGCAUCGGCUUCCAUCGGGUCUGAUCAUCAAAGGCAAAGCCUUUCACUAUCCAGUGACGGUGGUGGUCUCCCAGCUAUUCCCUUUCGACCGCAUGAGGAUAGUCCUCAGAGUGGCAGCCCUGCGGCACAGCAUGCUUCACUGGCCUUUUCGGGAACGACUGCCUCAUCUAUUGGGGACCCAUUCUCCAGAUAUGAACACUCUCGAGGCAACAGCUCGGAUUCAAUCAACGGUGGGAGCCGAGUCGCCCCUUCCGCAGGUAGCCGUUAUUACGAAAGUCGCAAACAAGGGCAGACAUCUGCUCGUCCGUCACCACAAGAGCCGGGUCCCCGUCAGUUCGGCAAUGAAAACUAUUCUUCUUACUCAAAGGAGCCGAGCAAGGGGUUUCUCACAAGCUUUUUCAAGCGUAAGCCUCCCAAAGGCAGUGAUUCAGGACAUCCAUCACCAGACGAGCAUGGAUCAGAAUCUCCUACCAGCCCAAUGUACAUACGCCAACAGAAUGGCUCUUAUCUUCCAUUCACCAAAUCCGAUUACAAUGCUAGCGAUACGUCGUUAGCGGAUCGCCUACCUACAGCGCCAUCAUCGGAAAGUGCUUCGACACGGGCAAAAUCAGGUCAAAAGACGAAGAAGUGGAUAUUUGUGACAUCGGAUCUUUUGAACUACCGUCUAGUAGAUAUAACGGACAUAGACACUGUCGAUACGCUGCGCACUGUAAUUUGCUCGAAACUGGGGAUCUUUGACUGGCCUAGUGCUCAAAUUUUCUUGACGGAACCUGGACAGACAGAGCACGAGGAGCCCAUGAAUGAUACUGCGCUGUGGGUUUGUCAAGGAAGAAAGGCAGAUCCUGUGGCCUCCCUAAAAUUCUACGUGCGUGGGCCGCAAAUUAGCAUCGGCAACCCUCCACAAAUUGUACAUGGCCUUGGUAUCCCGAUCCCUGAGAAGAAUGCCGUGUCUCCAACGACUGGACAGCAGGUACACAGAAAACCUCUUGACGACGAAGCUAUCAGUAGGAUUUCACAGCAAAACCAGAACCCAUCACCAUCCUCGCCACUGAGUUCUCGACAGCCGGCGUCUUCUGUACAUCCAACUGAGCGUGGUGAAUCACAACUCCAGACCGGAGGGUCGGCGGGAGAUGGAACUCCAGAACCUGCCCAGCUUUUGGGCUCAGACAAGGCAGACUUACUUGCCCGCUAUGAAGAACAUCAACGGGAGGUUGAGAGAAAACAAAAGGCAUACCGUAUUUCCAAGCUGCCACCUGUACAACCAAGAAAGGAUAUGUACGGUGAAACUGGAUACCGACGUGAAGGAGUAAUAGACUUUGAUACUCCACGCAUUUCUCCUUACGAUAACAGCGAGAAGAAAAAUGAGACACUUAUUCCUCGGCGCAAGCCCCCAUUCCCACCCCCUGAAUCCAGCACCCUUACCAAGGUCAAUUCCCUGAGCAAGAGAAAUGUGGAUCGCGUGCAUCCACCGGCACCUAACCAGAGCCGUGGCCUUGCGGCGGCUAUUGCAAGCGUGGGCAAAAUGUCAAGCUCCAUUGGGACACCUUCGCCUUCGGCGCCUCCAGUGCCAGUCCCUCAGGCUUUGGCCCCAGGUGUCGAUGGCUUGAAUGCAGAUUCUGCCUCGGUUUACCCUGCCCAGAGAAGCCCAGACGAUAAAAGAGUCAUUGCGAAACCCGUCGCAGAACAGAAUGCAAACGUAUCAACUCGCAAUGCUGAGCAACCUCCUCCGGCAGAUUCCUCUGUCCAGGAACGCCCACAAUUGCAGUCUCGCAAGUCAUAUGGACCCGAGUUUGACUUCGAAGAGGCGAAAGUUUCCUUCGAAAGCUCACCACAGCCACAAGAAGAGUCUGACGAAGAGUCCGAUGAUGGUCUUUUUGCAAUACCAUUGACAACUAGCAAAAAACAGGAUAAAGCACAAAAGGCCGCCCCUUCAACCCCGAGUGUCAGUAAAGAGCCCAAGAAACCGACCCUUAAAUUAGAGACGGAUAAAAGGAAAAGCAAGGCUUCAGUGGCCUUCAAGUCACCGACUAUUGGAACAUUCAUGCAUAGCCCUAAUGAGCCAGGAGACGUCAAAGAGAGCUUUUAUUCACCUAGUUCACCCCAGCCCGAGGGACUCUCAAGAAGGCGUUCAUUCGCUGGUGGUGAUGUGUGGGCAGACAGACCUCCAGUGGAAGGAGUCAUCGAGAACCUGGAUGAAUUCUUCCCUGAUAUUGACCUGGAUGCACCGUAUCUAGAAGGUAAUCCAGCCUCUCCUCCCCCGUCCCCUGCGGCCAAAGGUCCUUCUGGAAGCGAUCCGAAUUUGAAGGGAAGAGAUGACCCUCCCCCUUAUACUGCGCUGCCUGGUGGUAGUGGCUCGGACACUCUCGGUUCGGAUGAAUCUACCCUGAGACCAGGAGAUACCAAUGUAGUGGCCCGGCGUAACGUGGGCCGCUCCGGUGGACUUACCCGAAUGAAGUCAAUUCGAGAGGUUGCGAAGGGCGCCAAUCAAACCCACAGAAAUCGAAGUAUCCAUACAUCCGGAAACCAAAAAUCUGGCGAUAUUCUGCGUCGCAAGAGUACGAAGAUGUUUGGAGCAAGAAUCAUGCAAAUCAGCCCGAAGCCCGGCAAACGGCUGGAUUACCUUGAGCCUCUUCCACAAAAUAAUUCAUCCCAAGGAAGUCAACUACAGAGACAGCCAACUUUCCGUAUUAUUCGCGGUCAGCUUAUUGGUAAGGGAACAUAUGGUAGGGUCUAUCUGGGCAUGAAUGCGGACAAUGGUGAAGUCUUAGCUGUUAAGCAAGUGGAGAUCAAUCCGAGACUCGUUGGACAAGAUACAGACCGAGUCAAAGAGAUGGUUGCUGCUAUGGACCACGAAAUAGAUACAAUGCAGCAUCUCGAACACCCCAACAUUGUGCAAUAUCUGGGAUGUGAGCGAGGCGAAUUUUCCAUUUCUAUCUACCUCGAAUAUAUCUCUGGUGGCUCUAUUGGUAGCUGCCUCCGCAAACAUGGCAAGUUCGAGGAGAGUGUCGUGAAGUCUCUCACGCGUCAAACCUUGAGCGGGCUGGCGUAUCUGCAUGAUAAAGGUAUCCUGCAUCGUGAUAUGAAAGCGGAUAAUAUCCUUCUUGAUCUUGAUGGAACCUGCAAGAUCUCGGAUUUCGGCAUUUCGAAGAAAUCCGACAAUAUCUACGGGAAUGAUUCGUCGAAUUCAAUGCAAGGGUCGGUUUUCUGGAUGGCCCCCGAGGUUAUCCAAUCUCAAGGACAGGGAUACAGCGCCAAAGUUGACAUUUGGUCUCUCGGGUGCGUGGUACUAGAGAUGUUUGCUGGCCGUCGCCCAUGGAGCAAGGAAGAAGCCAUCGGCGCCAUAUUCAAACUUGGAAGCCUGAACCAAGCUCCUCCGAUCCCAGAUGACGUCUCCAUGAACAUCAGCCCUGAAGCGCUCGCUUUCAUGUAUGAUUGCUUCACGAUAGACACAUACGAGCGUCCAACCGCGGAGACACUUCUCACGCAACACCCGUUCUGUAUACCCGAUCCGAGUUAUAAUUUCCUCGAUACGGAACUUUACGCCAAAAUCAGACAUGUUCUCUGAAAGGAAAUGAACACUCUUCUGUUGGAAUUUUUGAAUGGAAAAAAGGGGAGGUGUCAUUUAAUUCAGCCUGUCUUCUUCCUCUCUCUCUCUCUUUUUAAGCGCAGUGCAUGUACCCUCUGGAGGGUUUGUUUGGCAUUAAGCCUAUACCCUAUGCUUUUAAUGAUGUAUGCAAUGGUUUACUCCGUACAGCUACUAUUAAUACAAAGUAUAAGAGAGUUUGAUAUCAUUUCCAGUAGAGGCCUUCUGAUUUACAGCUAUUUACAUGAUCUGUUGACAUUGAAUUAACGACACCAACCUAGGACUUCAGAACCACCGGAUUCUGCGUCCGGGGUUUGCUCGUUUUCCCCUUCACGUCGUUCCCUGCAGCAUUCGCCGCAAACCUCUCCCUAGCCAGAUCAAUCCGUGACUUUGGUCGUUGACCCACAUUACCGCUAUUGUUGGUAUUAUUGUUUAAGUCCCUAUCAUUACUAGGCAGCUGAUUAAGGCCCUUCGCUCUCGCAGCCCACUCCCCACGUCGUCUCUUGUAGAGAUCCAUAGACCAAUUCCUCCACACGGCUCUGCCGACGAAAGAAUCUCGAAGGGUCAGCUCGUCCUGGACGAGUUCUUGAGCCAUUCUCUCUUUCACGAAGAAGAUAUCCUUUGUUGCGGGCCAUAAUGCGUCGACGACGUGGGAGCCACUAGAGUCCAGUGCGAGUUCCUUCAGAUGACCUAGGAAGCGAGAGGUAAAUUGACGCCGGAAUUGGAGGGUUGAGGUCGGCAGUGUCAAGGCUUGCUGCAGGACGUGGGAUGCGGUGGGAUCCUUGGAGAUUGAGAGCAGGGAGUCCACGGGUUGAGCGAGAAGACUUGUGAAAAUGAGCUCGCUGAUUGGGCCCGGGACCGUGAGCAUUGUUUGGACGAGUAGAGAGGCAUGAAGUUUUUCGGCGUUGUUUGAGGAUGGCUUGGUGGAGGUUUGCUGAUCGCCCUGUUCGGGACUUUCUUUUUCUUUGUCCAUGGAUCGGCUGUUGUCGAGUUUCAGCAUCUGAGCCAGUCGCUUAGCCGGGUCUUUGUCGUGAGCAGCCUCCAAUGCCUUGGCUAAGGGACGUGUGUCGACAUCACGGACCAUGCAGCGUUCGAUGAGCACCUUGGGGAUGAUUAAUCUUGAUCGCUCGACAAGGGAAGGGAGUUCGGGGAGAAUGAGUUCCAUGGCAUUCUGAAGGUCAUCCUUUCCAAGUCUCUCCAAGACUCGGACAACGACGUAGCCAGCAGUUAGAUUCCGCGCAAAGGAUCUGAUAUUGCCGUGAAUGAAGUUUUUGUAGAGAUUCUUGAACAGCUUCCCCGGGCACCAUCGUACAAUGGUUUCCAGCAAGUGCGAGCCGACUGGGUCGUAGAACAAGCCUCGAACGAAGAUUGCGCUGCUGGACCCUUCUUCUAAAGAGUCGUCGGGCAAUAGCCUCUUUGUGAUUGAAUUCGACUCCUUCGCGCUAGAUUUGCCGAAGUGGUGAAGCUCCAGAUAGAGAAGUACCUGCAAAACGGGAUUGCCAACUGGAUGAGUGGCCAAUGCCCGAAGAUACGUAUCAUCCAGCACGCAAACCAUAUCCUUAAUAAUCUUUUUCAAAGUGGCCUCAAACGACUGAGGUACAUCUCUUUUUUGUGUGAUAGCAUUCUCACUCUGAGCCUCCAAAUCUGGAAGACCCAAUUUUUCCUUCUUUCUACUCGCGACCACCGAGUCUGCGGACGACAAGUCAACUGGUUCCCCUGCAAGGACAAGCAGAAGAACCCGAAUAGUGUGCGAUGCAAACCGUUCUGUCAACAAGUAGCCCCAAUUCUCUUGAAGUUCCUCUACAACCUUGAUGAACAUUUCCUCGAGGGACAGCUCCGGCUCUGGUUCCGCUUCUUCUUCUUCAUAACCAUCCGAUUGUGGUUUCUUCUUCCCUUUCGACUUUGAUGUUUUCUGGUUUACCAGAGGCGCCGCAUGAAUAAACAACGUCUCACAACAAUGGCUGGCAAACCGAUGCUGCACAAGAUGCAGGAAAUGACCGAUGAAUUUGUCGAAUAGCCUUCGAAUCUGGUGAACAUUGGACAUGGAGAUCAACUUCUCCAUCAACCUUGAGCAUGACUGACUACAUGCAAUUUUCAGCUCCUUGCCACUCGCCUCCUUAUACACGCUGUCGACAAAUAGCCGCCUCUCUUCGACGUCACCGAACUGGUUUAAUUCCAGCAACUCGUUGGCUCGCGAGAAGUAUUCCUGCUCUUCGGUGUCGAGGAGUCCGUAGAAGGGUGUGUCUGUCGACUGCUCAUUUCUAUUAUCAUUAAUGUCGCCUUCUCCCGCGUCUAGAGGGAUGUAGUCUGCAUUUUCAUUGAAAUCGUUGGUCUCAUCUGUCGAGUACUUCUGGCGUUUCGCAGCGGGGGCUUCUGUGCCUUCGUCUCGUUUUCGUUUGGCUUCUUCCUUUUUGGCUUUGUCCUCCGCUCGACGGCCCCUUUUCUGCUUUUCACGAGGCAUUGCGAUGGCAGAUUCUAGGUAGUGUGGAGAAUAUCCGCGUUUUUUAGAAUCUUGUCAGUAUUCUUCCAAAUUUG